CCGCGGGAGCCAGUCGUCUGCGCUGGGCUCGGGGGCUGCCGACAUGCCUCUGGCCAGAGAUUUGCUACACUCCUCCUUGGAGGAGGAAAAGAAGCAGCAUAAAAAGAAACGGCUGGUGGGCCCGGCACGGUGGCGCAAGUGUCUAAACUCUUCCGUUAUGGAUGUAAAAUGUCCAGGUUGCUACAAGAUCACCACGGUGUUCAGCCAUGCCCAUUCAGUAGUUCUCUGUGUGGGCUGCUCCACUGUGCUAUGCCAGGCCAGGGGAGGGAAGGGCCGGCUCACAGAAGGCUGUUCCUUUAGAAGAAUGCAGCACUAGUGACCUAUGCAAAUUCCUGGAUUUGUGUUUUCUCACGGAAAGGCUUAUCAUAAGAUCAGAUAUUCUGGUGAAUCUACUAAGAUGAUGUAAUUUUGUUUGACUUUAUAAGGUAUUCAAGUUAUCCCCUAUUUUGAUGUCAAUUUUUCAAUAAAGUUUUGAUUAUGGGCAAAAAAA